AUGAUAUUGGAUGACCCCAAAGCCAACCAUGACUGCCUUGGCAUACAAGAAGCUUUGAACCAGGCGAUCGAACAAAACUUUGUGGAACUUUUGCAGUAUCUAAUCACUCGCGAGGAUGUAAGUAUCAGCGGGGAGUUCAAUGGGAAGAGCCGUGUAGCUCAGGAGGGAAAUUUGUCAAUUUUCAAGUUACUCAAAGAGCGUGGUGCUGUGUGGGGACAGAAUCAAUGUCAGCUGUUGUACUAUCGGGAUAGCCUCAUUUUCCACCAGCCACGUCCCACAGAAGAGGCCUGUGGUCUUGGUUUCUCUGAUAGAAUGGCGAAUGGUUCAUCAUGA